AUCAAAAUGAGUCUGUCACUCAGUCAAUUGCUGGUCAACGAGGAAGCUGAGAAGGAAACCCCAAUCAAUUCCAGAGCAGCCAACGACUCCCAACUCCAAAUGCUACGCUUAGCAAGUCGUUGGAUAACACAAGUAGGAAGAGCAUUUCCUUAUUCUCUGCUAUGGUGGUUUAUUUUCGUUUGCUGAAUUGGGUAUUUCGAAUGGGUUUUCCUCCAUUUUUUCUUUCUUUGUUGUCUCCCAUUUUAGUGAUUGUUCACUCUACUUGGCAAGACGACAAGUACCAACAUGGUUGUCCACAGUCCUUCAACUGUGGAAAACUUGGGCCUAUCAAAUUCCCUUUCUCCAACGGCACAUAUCCCGGAUGUGGGUUGUGUACUGUCAAUUGUAGCGAACCAGUACCAAUAAUCUAUUUGGGGUGGACGCACCAACCGUAUGAAGUUAAGGAAUUCUUGAAUGAUGAAGCUGUAAAUGUUAGUGACAAAUAUCUACGAAAGCUCAUAAGCUCUAAUUUGCCACAUUUUCAGUAAAAUUUCUUUUUCCCUAUCCUACUCGUUCUAUUUCCUAUACAAUCUCUCCCAACCUCUCCUCCUUGUUCAAAUGCCCUACAAACGGCAGCAGUAAACCUCAACUGCAGACAGAAGUUUACAGUUUCAGCAACUGCACAGGCUACACUGUCUACUAUACAGAUCCUAAUCAACAUACUCCAACUCCUGCCAAUAUUUCACCUGACUGUGUGGUUAUUCAACUACCAAUGCUGCCAUCAAUCCGGAAUCAAAACGUCAGUGAUCUAUUUUCACUAUUGGCUUAUGAAUUCACUAUCGGGUUGCAUGUGUCAAAGGAAUGUUACGAGUGUCACCAUAAUGGAGGCCAAUGUCCAUCUCCCGGCCUCGGAGAGUUCCAUUGCAUAAAGGAUGAAGGGAGCAAAAGGAACUUGGAAGUAGAAGUUGCAAUAGGUGUUUCAGCUGCUGGUAUAGUGAUAGCAAUAGUCCUGUUCUGCUGUAUUUGGAGGUACUCAUCAGGUAGAUCAAUGAUCUUUUGGAAGAAGGCAAAUGAAACCCAUCAAAAUGUUGAAGCAAUUCUAAAGAACUGUGGUGCCCUUGCUCCAAAAAGAUACAGUUAUUCAUGUGUAAGGAAAAUGACCAACUCCUUCAAAGAAAAAAUAGGUCAUGGUGGGGUGUACAAAGGAAAGUUGAAAAAUGGUAACCCCAUUGCAGUGAAGUUCCUAAAUGAAUCAAAAGGUAAUGGGGAAAAAUUUAUUAAUGAGGUCACAAGUAUUAGUAGGACUUCCCACAUUAGCAUUGUCAAUCUUAUGGGUUUUUGUUUCGAGGGUCACAAAAGAGCUCUCAUCUAUGGGUUCAUGCCUAAUGGUUCUUUGGAGAAGUUCAUAAAUGAUGAAAGCACCUCGACAAAGCAGCAGUUAGGGUGGGAAACAUUGUACCAAAUUGCAAUUGGCAUUGCUCGAGGAUUAGAGUACUUACACUGUGGUUGUUACACAAGAAUCUUGCAUUUUGAUACAAAGCCUCAUAAUAUUCUUCUAGAUGAAGACUUCUGCCCAAAGACCUCUGAUUUUGGUCUUGCUAAACUAUGCCCUAAAAAGGAAAGUAUCAUAUCUAUGUUGGGCACAAGAGGGACAAUCGGUUAUAUUGCUCCAGAAGUAUUUUCUAGAAACUUUGGAGGUGUCUCUCACAAGUCGGACGUCUAUAGCUAUGGAAUGAUGAUUUUAGAGAUGGUUGGAGGGAGAAAGAAUGUUGAUUGUGGAGUUGAUUAUACCAGUGAAAAAUAUUUCCCAAAUUGGAUAUACAAGCCUCUUGAACUGGAACAGGAAAUUGGACAGCAUCGUAUCAUGAAUGAAGAGGAAAAUGAAAGAGUAAGAAAGAUGACAAUAGUUGGUUUGUGGUCCAUACAGACUGAUCCUUCAAGAUGGCCAAUGAUGAGUAGGGUGGUAGAUAUGUUAGAAGGGAGCCUAGAGUCCCUGCAAAUCCCAACAAGGCCUUUCCUGUCUUAUACCCCAAGAGCACCGGUAGAUGCUUCAACUACAGAUAAUUUAUCAUCCUUGUUAAGGGAAUCAUUGUAGAAUAGGAAAAUUUACUUGGUUUAUUCCUCUCAAAUAGUUUGAUCUAAGGAUUGCCGUAAAUUAGUUGAAUAGGUGGUUGAUGCCUAUUAUUUUCAAAAGAAAUCAUAUUAUGAUCCAUUAAUGUAUAUCUGGUUUCAUAGCUAGGUGCAUGUGAAUGUCUAUAUGCUGCAGCUCUACAUUAUGGAUUAGUUUUCCACUAAUGCUCUGUUUGUGUUUUGUGGAAACAAUUUUUUGUGGCAAAAUUUUUCAAUAAAAUGUUUUUCGU